AUGGUAACUGGUGAUGAUAGGGGGUUUACUUGUUGUCCAGUGACUUGUUGCAGGUUAACUGGUGCUGAUGGCGAGGAGGUUGGUCGACAGAUGGUAACUGGUGAUGAUAGGGGGUUUACUUGUGGUCCAGUGACUUGUUGCAGGUCAACUGGUGCUGAUGGCGAAGAGGUUGGUCGACAGAUGGUAACUGGUGAUGAUAGGGGGUUUACUUGUUGUCCAGUGACUUGUUGCAGGUCAACUGGUGCUGAAGGCGAGGAGGUUGGUCGACAGAUGGUAACUGGUGAUGAUAGGGGGUUUACUUGUUGUCCAGUGACUUGUUGCAGGUCAACUGGUGCUGAUGGCGAGGAGGUUGGUCGACAGAUGGUAACUGGUGAUGAUAGGGGGUUUACUUGUUGUCCAGUGACUUGUUGCAGGUCAACUGGUGCUGAAGGCGAGGAGGUUGGUCGACAGAUGGUAACUGGUGAUGAUAGCGGGUUUACUUGUUGUCCAGUGACUUGUUGCAGGUCAACUGGUGCUGAUGGCGAGGAGGUUGGUCGACAGAUGGUAACUGGUGAUGAUAGGGGGUUUACUUGUUGUCCAGUGACUUGUUGCAGGUCAACUGGUGCUGAUGGCGAGGAGGUUGGUCGACAGAUGGUAACUGGUGAUGAUAGGGGGUUUACUUGUGGUCCAGUGACUUGUUGCAGGUCAACUGGUGCUGAUGGCGAGGAGGUUGGUCGACAGAUGGUAACUGGUGAUGAUAGGGGGUUUACUUGUGGUCCAGUGACUUGUUGCAGGUCAACUGGUGCUGAUGGCGAGGAGGUUGGUCGACAGAUGGUAACUGGUGAUGAUAGGGGGUUUACUUGUGGUCCAGUGACUUGUUGCAGGUCAACUGGUGCUGAUGGCGAAGAGGUUGGUCGACAGAUGGUAACUGGUGAUGAUAGGGGGUUUACUUGUUGUCCAGUGACUUGUUGCAGGUCAACUGGUGCUGAUGGCGAGGAGGUUGGUCGACAGAUGGUAACUGGUGAUGAUAGGGGGUUUACUUGUUGUCCAGUGACUUAUUGCAGGUCAACUGGUGCUGAUGGCGAGGAGGUUGGUCGACAGAUGGUAACUGGUGAUGAUAGGGGGUUUACUUGUUGUCCAGUGACUUGUUGCAGGUCAACUGGUGCUGAUGGCGAGGAGGUUGGUCGACAGAUGGUAACUGGUGAUGAUAGGGCGUUUACUUGUGGUCCAGUGACUUGUUGCAGGUCAACUGGUGCUGAUGGCGAGGAGGUUGGUCGACAGAUGGUAACUGGUGAUGAUAGGGGGUUUACUUGUGGUCCAGUGACUUGUUGCAGGUCAACUGGUGCUGAUGGUGAGGAGGUUGGUCGACAGAUGGUAACUGGUGAUGAUAGGGGGUUUACUUGUGGUCCAGUGACUUGUUGCAGGUCAACUGGUGCUGAUGGCGAGGAGGUUGGUCAACAGAUGGUAACUGGUGAUGAUAGGGCGUUUACUUGUGGUCCAGUGACUUGUUGCAGGUCAACUGGUGCUGAUGGUGAGGAGGUUGGACCACAGAUGGUAACUGGUGAUGAUAGGGGGUUUACUUGUGGUGGAGUGACUUGUGGUCGAUCAACAGGUGCUGAUGGCAAGGUGGUAGGCUGA